AUGAUAUACAACGGCCCAUCCAAUCGAGGCAUUUUCUCCGAUGCACCCCAAGAGGCUAAUGCACAAGUUCUGCAGUCACUCAAAUUUCAACUAGAAUCUCACAUAUGGAGAAGCCACUUCCGCGUUUACGAGUCCGGAAAUCAUCAUACGCUGUUGGGCAGUUUAUACCUAGGCGGGAAGAUGGAUUAUGUACUGAGAUUAACGGACUGGAUCAUCGAUACGGGCUAUCUCCCUCAUAGAAUCGUUAGGUUGUGCACACGACAGUUACUGAAAGCGCGCCUGGCAGAGCUCAGCAACAGGUCGCUAACAGAGGCAACCAACGAGAAGUUGAGUUACAUUGCAAAGCUAUGCACACGGCCUAUCGCGAUAGAGGCGAUAGCUGCCAAUGAGCAACAGUAUGAAGUUAGCACUGGUGUGUUUGCGGCUUUCCUUGGGCCUCGCAUGAAGUAUUCCUGUUCGCUCUUCCCGACGGGCAAAGAAACUCUUGCAGAAGCAGAGACGGCAAUGCUGCAGGAGUACAUCCUCAAGGCCGAAUUAAAGGAUGGCAUGAGUAUUCUUGAUUUAGGGUGCGGCUGGGGAUCAGCAACACUGUACUUUGCGGAGCAUCUGCCAGCUUCCAGAGUAAUCGGGCUCUCCAAUUCAAGAACUCAGAAACAAUACAUAGAGGCAGAAGCGAAGCGACAAAACCUCAAAAACGUUGAGAUUAUCACAGGAGACAUUGCUGAUUACGAGUUUGAACCUCAACAAUUCGACCGCGUUGUGUCUGUCGAGGAACUUCUAAUGGCAAAGAUCGCCGCGUCAUUGAAGCCCGGCGGCAAGCUCUUCGUACACCUCUUCAGCCACCGCGAUACACCAUACGACUUUGAAGACGGAUGGAUGGCGAGAUAUUUCUUCACUGGUGGCACUAUGCCGUCUGCGGAUCUACUACUCUACUUCCAGCGAGAUCUGGAGCUUAAGAGGCAGUGGUGGGUGAGUGGAUUGCACUACUCAAAGACAAUGCAGGGCUGGCUUUCCGCCCUUCUUAGCAACAAAGAACAGAUAUGGCCGCACCUCAUUGAGUCGUAUGGAAAAAGAGAUGCUGCCACUUGGUACAAUCGGUGGGUAGUCUAUCACAUAGCCGGGUCCGAGUUCUUUGCAACUGCAGGGGGGGAUGUAUGGGGCGUCUCACACUACUUGUUCGAAAAGCCCGGAAGCCCGUCAUCCAUUUGA